AUGAACCUCGCCGGUGCACACCGCGAGUACGUCUCGCGUAUGCUCGAGAGCGCUUCAGGGAUGAAAGUCUUAGUGUGCGACGCUGUGACGGUGAACAUCGUGAGCGCGGUGAUGUCCCAAAGCGAUGUUCUGCGCCGUGAGGUGUUUCUGAUCGAGCGCUUGCACGAGCGACCGCACGAAGACAUGCCGCAUCUCAAAGCUGUGGUCUUCGUGCGACCGACGAGAGAAAACGUGAAGGCGUUGGCAAAGCAGGUUCGGAGGAGGACGUAUGGGGAGUAUCGGGUGUUCUUUUCGAACAUAUGCCCGGACGGGCUGUUACAAGAGCUCGCGGGAGAGGACAUUGGGUCGGUGGUGGCGCAGGUGGAGGAGUAUUACGCCGACGCCACGGCGGUGGAUCGAAACGUCUUCUCACUUGAGCUGGGAGAGUCGAACAGUUCGCUGAUGAAUCCGGCGCAGUGGUCAAGGAGCGUGGGCAUGGCGGUCGAUAGGUGCGUGGAGGGGAUCGCGAGCGUUUUGCUGUCACUGAAGCGGCGACCGUUCAUCAGGCAUCAGCGGUCGAGUGAGGCCGCGCGACGGUUGGCAGCGGAUGUUGGGCGGUUGGUGUAUGAACAAGAGGCCGGGCUGUUUGAUUUCCCGCGAACUGAGGGCGCCGCGCAUUUGUUAGUUCUCGAUCGCUUCGACGACGCGGUGACGCCGCUGUUGUCGCAGUGGACGUAUCAGGCGAUGGUGCACGAGAUUUUCGGAAUCACGAGCACGAAUAGAGUGGAUUUGCGACACAUCAAGACACUGAGGAAGGAUUUGCGUGAGGUCGUGCUUAGCGCGCACGAAGACUCGUUCUUCGCGAAUAAUAUGUACGCAAAUUACGGUGAUUUAGGGGCGAGCGUAAAGGCUCUGGUUGAUGAGUUCCAGCAGCACACGAACAUGAGCAAGAAGAUUGAAUCCAUAGACGAUAUGGCGAGGUUCGUCGAGUCGUAUCCCGAAUUCCGCGUCAAGAGUGGUAACGUGUCCAAGCACGUUGCGCUCAUGUCCGAGCUCAGCGCAGUGAUAUCUCAGCGACAGCUCAUGGCGGCGUCGCAGGUGGAGCAGGAGGUCGUAUGCGGGACCGAUCGUGCGGGGGCUUUUGCACAAGUCGUGGAUGCGCUUCGCAACCCAGCGCUGUUGGAGGAGGAGCGCCUAAAAUUAGUCUUACUGUUUGCGCUUCGCUACGAGAAGGAACAGAACCAGAUCGCCGAUUUGACUGGAAUACUGAUGCAACACGGCAUCAGUAGAGCCCGCAUCGGGCUUGUGAGGACCAUAUUAAAGCACGGUGGCGAGGCCGCGCGCACGGGCGAUUUGUUUGGCAAUCGCUCCUUCCUCGGCAGGGCGAGCAAAGUCGUUGGCAGUCUCAAGGGCGUCGAGAACGUGUACACGCAGCACAGCCCGUUGAUCAGUUCAACAAUCCAAGCCGCGGCGAAAGGCGCGCUGAAGCAAGAGGAUUACCCUUUCGUCGGCCCGUCCCCCAACGGCGCCGCUGCUGGCAAACCCACUGAAUUAGUCAUCUUCAUCGUCGGCGGCGUCUGCUAUGAGGAGACCAAGGUCUGCGCCCAGUUCAAUGCCCUCAACACCGGUUGCCACGUCGUCGUCGGUGGAUCCACCGUCUUAAACGCCCGAUCCUUCGUCGACGACCUCCUUGAACUACAGAACGCCGACCGAUAG